CAGAUAUAGUCCAGGCAACAAUGGAUAUUCUUCCUUUUUUGUUCAUUAGUUUUAAGUUGCUGUUUCUGUUUUGUGAACUCUCUGAUGCAACUGAAACCAUGAGUUCAUCCCAAUAUCUAACUGAUGGCAACACCUUGGUUUCAAAAAAUGGUACCUUCGAGCUUGGUUUCUUCAGUCCUGGUAGUUCCAAGAAUCGUUAUUUAGGAAUUUGGUACAAAAAGAUCCCAAUUCAAACUGUUGUUUGGGUAGCAAACAGAGUCAACCCCAUCAAUGAUUCUUCAGGAUUAUUGAUGAUAAACAGCACAGGUAAUCUUGUAUUAACAAGCCAGAACAAGACUGUAGUUUGGUCAGCAAACUUGACAAUUGAAGUCCAGAGUCCAGUGCUAGCAGAGCUUUUAGAUUCCGGAAAUCUUGUCCUGAGAGAUGAACAAGUUUCUAAUUCGGAAACUUUUUUGUGGCAAAGCUUUGAUUAUCCAUCUGAUACAUUGCUGCCAGAAAUGAAGUUUGGAUGGGACUUGAAGAAUGGUCUUGAACGGCGUCUAACAGCUUGGAAGAGCCCCAGUGACCCGUCUCCUGGGGACUUGACUUGGAGAAUGGACCUACAAGGUUAUCCUGAGCCAGUUAUGUAUAAGGGAUCAGAAAAGUUUUAUAGGAGUGGCCCUUGGAAUGGUCUUGGAUUCAGUGGUGCAGAAGCAAUGACUUCUAAUCCAGAUUUCCAAUUCAACAUGGUAUCUAAUGAGGAAGAGUUGUACUACUCAUUCAGCGCUACUGAUAAAUCACUAAUCACAAGGGUUGUUUUAAACCAAACCGACUAUGAACGCCAGCGACCUGCUUGGAGUGAAGAAACUCAAAGUUGGAAGGUGUAUUCAUAUGUACCAAGAGAUUACUGUGACAAUUAUGGUACUUGUGGUGCCUAUGGGUACUGUAUCACUAGUAAGACACCAAUUUGCCAAUGUUUGAAAGGGUUUAAGCCUAAAUCAGGAGAAAAUUUGGACUGGCAAGGGUGUGUGCGUAACAUACCAUUAAACUACUCAAACCAAGAUGGUUUUGUCAAAUUUGUUGGGCUGAAGCUGCCAGAUGCUGCACAUUCUUGGGUGAACAAAACUAUGAAUCUCAACGAAUGCAGGGAGAAAUGUUUAGGGAACUCUACUUGUAUGGCAUAUACUAACUCCGAUAUUAGAGGGGCAGGCAGCGGCUGUGCCAUGUGGUUUGGUGAUCUGAUUGAUAUCAGACACAUACAAGAUGGUGGUCAGGACUUACAUAUACGAAUGUCUGCUUCAGAACUAGAGACAGAAGAUAAUCCUAAGAUGAAGAUACUGGUGAUAACCUCUAUUGCCGUUGCUGUGGUUGCCGGAGUACUUAUAGUGAGCUACUGCAUUUACAAAAGGCGCAUUCACAAAAGAAGGACGAAUACAGUAGAAAACAACAUGGAAAUGCAUCAGGAAAGAGAAGACUUAGAGCUACCAAUGUUGGAGUUAGCUACAAUUGCGAAAGCCACCAAUAACUUUUCAUUAUCCAACAAGCUUGGAGAAGGUGGCUUUGGAGCUGUAUACCAAGGCACACUAGCGGAUGGGAAAGAAAUUGCUGUGAAGAGGCUCUCAAAUAUUUCUGGGCAAGGAUUAAAUGAGUUAAAGAAUGAAGUUUUACUGAUUGCGAAUCUACAGCACCGAAAUCUUGUAAAGCUUCUUGGUUGCUGCAUUGAAGCGGAAGAGAAAUUGUUGAUUUAUGAAUUAAUGCCCAACAAGAGCCUGGACUACUUCAUCUUUGAUCAAUCAAGAAGUAAGCUAUUGGACUGGUCGAAGCGUUUCAACAUUAUAUGUGGGAUUGCAAGGGGUCUUCUCUAUCUUCAUCAAGACUCUAGACUGAGGAUUAUACAUAGAGAUCUCAAAGCAAGUAAUGUAUUACUUGAUCAUGAAAUGAACCCAAAAAUUUCAGAUUUUGGUUUGGCCAAAACUUUUGGUGGAGAUCAAACUGAAGGGAACACAAAAAGACUGGCUGGAACUUAUGGUUACAUGGCACCAGAAUACGCUAGUGAGGGACUGUUCUCUGUUAAAUCUGAUGUGUUUAGCUUCGGCAUUUUAUUGUUGGAGAUCUUAAUUGGGGUGAGAAAUAGAGGGUUCUAUCAUCCAAAGAGUGGCCUCAACCUCACAGGAUAUGCAUGGAAACUAUGGAAUGAAGGCAAGCCAAUGGAACUGAUUGAUUCAGUGUUGGGAGAAUCAUGCAAUAUUUCAGAAGUAAUAAGAUGCAUCCACAUUAGUCUCUUAUGUGUGCAACAAUAUCCGGUGGAUAGGCCAACCAUGUCAACUGUAGUGGUGAUGCUUGGUAGUGAUAGUAUAUUGCCCCAGCCAAAACAACCUGGUUUCUUGAUGGACAGGAAUUUACUUGAGCCAGGCCUUUCAUCAAGUGAUUAUGGAUUAAUGUCAAAGAAUGAAAUCAGUAUCUCACUUUUGGAGGCUCGAUAAUUUUGUUACUGUAUAUGUCCAAGUCCACAUUAUUUAUUCGUUGUGAUACAAUCCCAUAUUAAAUUAAAAAAAAAUGAUUGAAU